AAAAAAAUUGCUUCACUUGGAUAACGCAGAAAUGACUUGCAGUGAUUACACACAGAGGACGUCAGAUUUGCCUUGCUGUAAUAAAGUGGAGGAGGUGGGCUUCUACACACCAGGAAUUAAGGGCAAAGUGGUGCUCAACUCAUUACUAAACUCCACAUAUGACUUCAUUAAGGAGGAAAGUUUAGGUGACGGAUAUGAGUGCAUCUCAAGAUUUAUGAACAUUAAAGAGGAGGCCUUGGACCAUGGUUACCACAAUGAGGUUUGUGAUGCCAAAUGUGAGGAUAUUAAAGAAGAAAACUGUGAUACUGGAUAUGGGACAGUUCAGAAAGAAGUAGAUAACCCUGUAUUCUUCCUUCAGCAAACAUCUGAAUCUGACAGUAUUUUAGGAAGUAGAACAAUUAAGCGAGAAUCUUGUGCCCAUCAAAAAGGAAAAGAGAAUUUGGGAUCGACAAUAAAAGUAUGUUGCCCUUCCCAGAAACCUGAAUCAUCACAGAAAGAAAAGGAGAUUGGGAAACAGAAAGAGACCUCUUCUGGCAGAGACAAAGAGGAUGCCCGAGAUGAGCCUGUAAUAAGAUGUGCACACUGGAAAUAUGUUGAUGGAAAUAUGCAGACUAUCCAAAUUGUACUGCCCUCCUCCUGUUUUCCAGAAUAUGGAGAAAUUCCCGAUAAACUGGAAAGUCCAAGUUCCACUCGGGUAUAUUCAGUGUUUCCAGUGAGUAGUAGAACAAUGACGGAUAAGAGAGACAACGGGUCACUGUCUACAAAGAGCUGUAGAAGAAUCACCAUGAAAAAAAAAAAAUUCAUAUGUACUAAGUGUAGGAAAAAAUUCACUUGCAAAUUUAAUCUCACACGACACCUCCAAGUUCAUACUAGAGACAAGACAUUUUGUUGUGCUAAAUGUGGAAAAGGUUUCAACCAGAAGUGUGUUCUUCAGAUUCACCUAUUACUCCACUCUGGAAACAAAGUCUAUUGCUGCAAUCAGUGUGGAAAGAAAUUCACUGAGAAGAAAUCUCUCCGGUGUCACCAGAAAAUUCAUUUACGGAAGAAGUCGUAUUUACAUGAUGAAUGUGGAAAUAUGCCACCUGCACUAAACCCAUACCGCUGUAGUGAAUGUGGCAUGAGCUUCAAACAGAAGGUCACACUUGAAACCCACCAGACAAUUCACAAUGAAAAGCAAUACUGCUGUACUGAUUGUGGAGCAAAGUUUAUCAACAAAGCAUGUCUUGAACGACAUUGCAGAAUUCACACUGGUCAGAGCAAAUUGUGUUGUGAAAAAUGUGGGAAGAAGUCCUUGAAUGAACAUUGUUGUGUUACACAUUCUAGAAAUCAACCUGGAAAGAAAACAUACUGUGAUUCAGACUGUGAAAACAUGUACAAAGAGGAGAAAUCUCAUCCAGAACACCAGAGAAUCCACGCUGAUAAGGAAAAGUUUAAAUGUAAUAAAUGUGGGAAACAAUUCUUAAACAAACACCAUCUUGGAAGACACCUGAGAACUCACACUGACGAGAAACCAUAUUGCUGUAGGGAAUGUGGAAAUAGGUAUAAAGACAAGACAACUCUUCAUGAACACCAAAGAAUUCACACUGGAGAAAAGCCCUUUGGCUGUACAGAAUGUGGUUAUAGAUUUCACAAAAAAAGAUAUCUUCGUCUUCACAUGAGAAUACAUACAGGAGAGAAGCCAUAUAGCUGUCCUGAAUGUGGACUUCGGUUCUCUUGGAGAGGUGAUGCUCAAAAACACCAGAAAAUUCACACUGGAGAAAAGCCAUUUCGCUGCACUGAAUGUGGAAGAGGAUUUGCCCGCAAUGGUACUCUUCAAAGACAUCUGAUGACUCACACUAAUGAGAAGCCAUACUGUUGUAUUGAAUGUGGGAAGAGAUUCACACGGCACAGCCAAAUAUUAACACAUCAAAAAGUUCACAUGGGACAAAACUGAAUAGGAUCACACAGCCAAACAAAAUUAAUAUAAUAAAAGCAAAAUUAGUUUCCUCUAAUCAAAGUGAGCAAUAAAAAGAAUUGAGAAAGU